CCCCGGUGCUAUUUUCACCCUCAGGAUAAAGUGAUGUGCAGCCGCAGCUCCAGUCCGACCACAGCACAGCCAGGAUGAAGUCCACCGGCAGCGGCGCGCAGCCAGACGGCUUCACCUCCGACCUGGAUGAGCUGGACACCGACAGCUCCACCGGGGACUGCAGCCCCAGCGGGGAGCCUGCUGAGGAGGAGGAUGAGGCAGGAGGAGGCAGGAGGAGGAGGAGGCGGCGGCGGAGAUGCGGCAGCGGAGAAGACGCGUGCGUAAAAGGCGUGAGCAAACAGAGGCAGGCGGCGAACGCACGGGAGCGGGACAGGACGCACAGCGUGAACACCGCCUUCACGGCGCUCCGCACGCUCAUCCCCACCGAGCCCGCAGACAGGAAGCUCUCCAAGAUAGAGACGCUGCGCCUGGCCUCCAGCUACAUCUCGCACCUGGCCAACGUGCUGCUGCUCGGGGAGGACUGCCGGGACGGACAGCCGUGCCUCGGCUACCAGAGCAUCCUCCACGGUGCCGCGGUGCUCAGCGCGCAAUCACUGCGGCCCAUCUGCACUUUCUGCCUGAGCAACCAGAGGAAGCUGCUCAGAGAUGGAGGGAAGCACUCGGCCGCUGUGUGA